AUGCCUCCGAACCGCACUGCGCAGACCUCGACCGAAGUUAAAAAGGCAUACAAGAAGAACGGCGCUGCAAUAUCUGAGCGCACCCACAAGCAGCUGCAGCGCGGACAUGACUUGGAAGAGCGCGCGGCGCGCGAGCGCGAAGCCGAGAAGAGGCGCAAGGCGGUGAAGGAGAAGCGCGAGGAAAGAGAGCGCAAGGAAAAGGCCGCGAGACAACAGCUUGGUGUUGGGCUAGCCACUCAGAUGAUCGGGUAUAGCCACACGCAGGCGCACCUAAAGAAGGGCAUGGAGGCGUUCUUGGGUGUCAACAAGAAAAGGCAGGAUGAUGAGAGGACAAGGAGGGAAAUGGAGGCAAGAUCGAGAGAAGAAGAACUGUCUAAGAAAUUGGAGGCCAUCGCGCAAAACAUCGAAGAGGAACCGUUUGAUGACGAUGACAUGGAAGACGUAAUGUUGCAUCUACCCGUGUUGGCUGAGCAGUGCGGAGAAAGCUGGGACGAAGAUUUGGACGACAACACACUCCUUGAAGUACAUGAUCUGGUCAUGUCGGAUCCGAUUGAAGAGCCUGCGCAUGAACCUAUAUCAGUCCUUCCCUGUCCUGCAACCGCACAGCCUACCCCCCAGGCUGCAGCAAACAGUCCUCAACCACCGAAUGUGUCACCGCAAAACGCCACGACGUCCAGCUCGAAGACACAAUUAUUACUCGGAGCGGACACACUGAACACCCAGCCGCCGAAGCUUGAUGUUGGGAGCGGAGAUAUGGAGUUUACCCGCACACAUGGCCCCAUAAACAAAGCAGUGGAAGCUGUACUAGGCGAGCUGCCUGGCGAGACCAUCGAGCUCCUGUCACAAGAUACAGUCGCACUCACGUCAGACUGGAAUCCUGCGCAAGGCCUGCUUUACAAGCUCAAUCCUCUUGGGCUGCCCCCGCAUCGAUUGAGGGUCAAGGUGGGAUGCGUCGUGGUGUGUUUGAGAGAUCUGAACACAAGCAGCCAGCUGUCUAAGAGUCAGCAUGUGCGAGUCUUAAGAGUGGAGAAUGAGCGGUUGGAUUGCCUUACACUGGAUGGUCAGCUUGCAGGCACUCAGACCGUCAUUACUCGUGUCCCGUUUCCAGCGAAGUAUCGGAAUGAUGACAGAUUCCCUUUUACGAGAACCCAAUAUCCCGUGCGUGUCGCAACCGACUAUGCUCUACCAGACAUAUCGCGAGAGCCUGCGCAGCCUGGCUUCAAGCUGCCUUCAAUCAACGGAAGGCCGCGACCGUCAGCCUCGGUGAAGAUGGCACCUCCACCUUCGAUCAAACCAAGAAUUCAAGCGAGCUCAAACCCUGGCUUCAAGUUUCCAGGCAUCCCUGCUUCCAAAGUGCCACUCCCAAAACCCUCUGCACCUGUAAAAACCACCAUAUCCAGUAUUUGUACACUGGAUGGGUGGGACGACUUUCUCGAAAGUGGUACGCAGAUUGCACGCGAACUCUCCGCAGAAACCACAAGCAUGAACUCAGUGUCGAACACUCUUGUCCGGCCAUCGCCGAUUGCCGAAACUUCGCCCCCGUUCUCGACACAGGACCUCGACUUUUCGCUAGACGACCUGGAGGAUGAGCCGCAGGUACAGCUUGUAACCAAAUCUACUAAAACUACGGAGGCUGUUACACCAACCAGAACAAUCAAAUUCCCACCUUCAGUCCGGCCUGGACCACUGUCAAGGACUGCAAACAUACGCAGGAUCGAUACGCAGUCCGAUCGUAUGCCUCAUCUCCUGGUUCAGCCGCAGAAAUCGACACUGCUGAAGUCGAAAAAGCAGAUGGAACCACCACCUAAACCUACAAUACUCGCUAAGAAGCCUUGUGCGCCGGCAUCACGCCUCGCCUCACCUCCUCUGUCAGUAACGACGGCCACUACGUCGAGGGCUUUCGAUGACUUUGGCAUGUCUACGCAAGACGCCACUUCCUUCUUCGACGACGACGAUGACCUGGCUUUUGGAUCACCGUCCAUUGCUGUAUGA